GACUUCCGGCGCAGGUACAGGUCGGCGCAUGCGGCCUCGUGCCGGUUGACUUGGCGGAGCUAUGGAUAGCAGCUUCGGCUCGGAUUUUGGUGGCUCGGGCGGCGGCAAGCUGGAUCCGGGCCUCAUCAUGGAGCAGGUGAAGGUGCAGAUCGCCGUGGCCAACGCGCAGGAGCUGCUGCAGAGGAUGACAGACAAGUGCUUCCGGAAGUGCAUCGGGAAGCCUGGGGGCUCCCUGGACAAUUCGGAGCAGAAAUGCAUCGCCAUGUGCAUGGACCGCUACAUGGACGCCUGGAACACUGUAUCCCGCGCCUACAACUCGCGGCUGCAGCGAGAACGAGCCAACAUGUGACCGGGAAAUGUUGGGCCUGGCCCAGCCAGUGGGCUGCCCCCACCCGUGUUCGAUAUACAUAAAUGUGCUUUGUGGGGCAGGGGCCGGCUGUACGUGCUUCCUGUCCAUGGUUUAUGAAGAUGAGACUGAUGCUGGGACACUCGGGAUUCUGACCCCCACCCCCAACCUUCACUCAGCCGACCUGCCAGCGAGUUAUUUGGGGACUUAGGGUCCCUGGAAUUUCCCAAAGUGCUGACAGCUCCGUGGCACCUUCCUUGGUGUGCUUAGUCAACCUCAUGCCUUGACCAUGCAAUCCUCCUGCGGACCUGGGGCGGGGGGAAUGUAUGGUCAGACCCCACUUGAGCUGUGAUAUGGGAAUGGGCUGACAAAUAAAUUGUUGAGGGGUGUGUGGAGAGU